AGGAAACCUUACGGGAACCAUUUUCAAAAUUCGUUAAAGAGAAACAGAACAGAAAUGAGCAAUCAAAAGGGGGCGAAAAUCCACGCUUGCCCGCGUAAGCGUCCCUAAAUCCUAAACCCCAAUUUGGUUCUCUUCCAAAAACCCCGCUUAUUUCUCUGCUGCGAGCUCUUAUUACUAUAAUGGCCGAUGAUGCCUUCACUUCUCACAGAAGAGACCCUAUUAAGUCCUCAGUUGGGAAUGUUGCGGCGCAUCGAAGACGGCAACAUGCAGUUACAGUUGGGAAAGAAAGACGAGAGUCAUUGGUGCGUGCAAAGCGUCUAUGCAGAGUAGGGACUAGUGGUGAUAAUGAUACUCCCAUUGAAAGUGAAAUGAUGAUUGAUGAAGAGCAGUCAAUUUUGGAGGCCCAAACUUCUUCAGCAGUGGAUGAGUUAAAGUCUGCAGUUGCAUACCAGGGAAAAGGUGCCUUGCAUAAGAGGGUGAGUACUCUUCGUGAGUUAAGGCGCUUAUUAUCGAGAUCUGAGUUCCCUCCUGCUGAAUCUGCUCUCAGAGCUGGAGCAAUACCUAUACUUGUGCAGUGUCUUUCAUUUGGCUCUCCUGAUGAACAGUUGCUUGAGGCAGCAUGGUGCCUUACAAACAUAGCAGCCGGAAAACCUGAAGAAACAAAAGCUUUGCUGCCUGCUUUGCCAUUGCUUAUUGCUCAUCUUGGAGAAAAGAGUUCCUUGCCUGUUGCUGAGCAGUGUGCAUGGGCAUUGGGAAAUGUUGCUGGUGAAGGAGAGGAGCUAAGAAAUGUUUUGCUAUCUCAAGGCGCCUUACCAUCUCUUGCAAGAAUGAUGCUUCCAAACAAAGGUUCUACAGUAAGAACAGCUGCUUGGGCAUUGUCAAAUCUAAUCAAGGGGCCAGAUCCUAAGGCAGCAACAGACCUCAUUAGAGUUGAUGGGGUAUUGGAUGCGAUUAUUCGGCACUUGAGAAAAGCGGAUGAUGAGUUGGCGACUGAAGUAGCAUGGGUUGUUGUAUAUCUAUCUGCCCUUUCAAAUGUUGCUACCAGCAUGUUAGUGAAGAGUGAUGUCCUUCAAUUGCUUGUGGAGAGAUUGGCAACAUCGAACAGUUUGCAGUUGCUCAUUCCGGCUCUUCGAAGUUUAGGUAAUCUUGUUGCUGGUGAUUUGCAUACGACCAAUGCUAUUCUCGUACCAGGAUAUGAAAUUACAGGUAAUGUAAUAGGAGUCCUUGUAAAAUGUUUGAAGAGUGAACACCGUGUCUUGAAGAAGGAAGCAGCUUGGGUACUAUCUAAUAUAGCUGCUGGUUCUGUAGAACACAAGCAAUUGAUUUAUUCAAGCGAUGCUGUGCCAUUGCUGUUGCGGCUUCUUUCAACAGCACCAUUUGAUAUCAGAAAGGAAGUAGCAUAUGUAUUGGGAAAUCUCUGUGUUGCCCAAGCAGAUGGUGAUGGAAGGCCAAAUCUAAUUUUGGAUCACUUGAUUUCACUUGUUGAUAAAGGAUGCCUUGCUGGCUUCACAGAGUUGGUUAGGUCUGCUGAUAUUGAGGCUGCAAAGCUAGGACUUCAGUUCAUGGAACUGGUUUUGAGGGGAAUGCCAAAUGGAGAGGGUCCAAAGCUGGUUGAACAAGAGGAUGGUAUUGAUGCCAUGGAAAGAUUUCAAUUUCAUGAAAAUGAAGACCUGAGAAAUAUGGCAAAUGGCCUAGUUGAUAAAUACUUCGGGGAGGAUUAUGGGUUUGAUGAAGAGGCCAAGUGAUGCAUAAAUAUUUUUAAUGAUUUUCAUCCACUAUAUUUCUCCAUUUUCCCGAGGCUAGCCCCUUUAUGAUUGGGGCGGCUGUGUUUUAUGUUGUGAGAUAUGUGUACCUGGUAGAGAUGUAAAUUUUGAUGUGUAUUUGACAAAGUGAAGUUUCUAGCUGAAAGCAAAAAAAUUGAAUGUUUUGGUUGCAUGUUUAAGGCAGUUUUGUUACUGGGAAACUUUAGACUCGGUAAUAGAAACUUGAUAAUACCUUCUUGAGAAACUUGUAACGGAAGACUAGAUGAGAAACAGAAAGACUCGUAAUAAAUUACCUUAGAUUAUUAUUCUAUUUUAUAAA